AUGCAGUCUACUAGUGUAGAUGAUCAGCAUGAGUGUGACCUCUGCCACAAAACGUAUAGGCGACGAGAUCUACUAGUCCGACAUAGACGUCACUGCAAACCGAACAAGGUUACGUCGAAAAGGAAGGCCUGCAGCGCGUGUGUACAAGCUAGAUCAAAGUGUUGCCUGAGACAGCCGACUUGUUCUCGGUGUACUGCACGCAAUCUAGUUUGCGAAUAUGUGAUUCGCCGUUCCUCGGCAUCACAGAAUCCGGAUUUCAUGACUCUAGACUUGCAACAUAACAACGACAUUGAUGAGAAUGUCAUGAGAACCAACACAACCGUAUCACUGGAUGGCUUAGUUGCUACCACUUCAACGUCGAACCCAUCUUGGACAGCCCAAACCGCCAAUUGGACACCCAAUGAUAUGGAUAUCAUGCAGGAUGGGUCUUACCUAGCUUUUACGCCGUUCUCCACGGGACCUAUUGAUCAGCGGCCCAUCCAAAACAUCGUUGAUCAAGGGGCGUCAUCAGAGUGGUUGCAAUGGAAUGUUACGCUACCCGAUCCAACAGCGCCAAUAGCUGCACCAAUAACGCCUGCAAUAUCUCUUGGUAGUCGAGAAGCCUUCAGAGCAAUCGACGAAUCUCCUUGUGUUCUACAAAUCGACAAAGUGAUACGAAUGCUGCGCAAUUACCCGGCAUUACUAGCUUCCAUUGAUUAUCAUACUCCUCUUUUACAUCAUGAACUUUAUAACAUGUCUAAUCCAGAGAUCACGGCAUUGCCAAAAACAACAACACGUCAGCGUCUCAUCGAAGGAUUCCCGAAAACUUCUUGCCUUGAAGAAUGGGAUUCUCUUCAUGCCAUGUGGCUCUAUGAGAUGAUGGAAGUACCUGACCACUCAGACAUGACCAACGAUGAUUGGAAACUGGGUCCGCGGACGAGAGGUCUAAACUUGCCUGUCGUGCUAAAAAUGACCCGCCGGUUCUACCAAUCACACCCGGAAGCCACAGAUCCAUCAGCGGCACUGAGCAAUGACUCACUUACUCGAUACGGGACAGUUUCAUCAGCAUGGGUGACAUGGCUAGUUGGAGAGACUGCGCGCAGAACAGUCUUCCUCGCACACAUUGUCAAUCAUUUUGCCAGCAAGGACCUUGAAACUGGUGAAGCCUCGCCGUACUACGAACCGCUGAAUGAUGAGAUGGAAUGGAACAUGCCUCUGCCUUGUUCGUCCGCUGCCUGGGAAGCGAAAACAGAGCAAGAGUGGCUUGGUGUAGUGCAUUCCCAGCAUCAAGUAGACGACCAAGCAGUCUCGCUCUCGUCAACUUUUGCCCUUGAGCCAACGAUCAAGUCGCUUCUCACAAAGCUCACGCCAGAGCAAUUGAGGUUGGAAUAUGCCGGCAACCUCGGACUCGACAACUCGGACUCUCUACGCAACUUGGUCGUACACUGUGCUUUAGCGCAAAAGUUCUGA